UAGUUCACCUCCGGAGGGGAAGGUCGCCGGGUCGAUCGGUUCUGCCCGCCGCGCGGGUAACGAACGCGCGGAACCUCUCAGGUUUCGACUAUCGUUAGUCGCGCAGUGUCUUUCGUACGUAACUCCAUUAUUUGCAUCGUAGGUUCGUCGCGCAAAAUUCCAUCGAUAGAAUCGCUCGCAUUUCGUCACUCGGAGUUCAACAGCGAUUUUGAUGGUCACUCGGACACGCUUCGAUCGAUAUUAAAACGGUAGUCGCAAAGAGUAUGCGAUAUGAAUAAUCGGUAUCGCGAUUGUGAUAAAAUUGGAGUAAUAUCGUGAAAAUCAUGGUUUAAUGGAGUUUUCGUUAAAUUAGAAUUACGGUAAAGAACGAGUUACGGAUCAACUGGAAAGCAGAGUUAAAUAAUAUCUAGUCUUAAGCGGAUAAUAAAUGAGAUGCGUAAGAAAAUCUUCAACUUGAUUUCAAUAGAGAAGAUUCCUAAAAAUAAUUAAUAAAAUUAUUACUUUGAAAUGGACAAUGCAGUGUCUAAAAACCAUCUUCUUCACUAUCCUGCUAUGAUGAAGUUAAACUGAACGGACUUCAUAUGGAUAAGUGAAGGACCUUAUAGCGUUUUAAGCGACGCUCAAGAAUCAUUGGUUUUCACGUUUCGGAUCACAGGCGGGAUUAAACCCACGUGAAUUCCCACCCGGAUGUUUGGGACAAAUAGGUGAACGAAGUGUUAUUGUGUCGCAAUUCGUCAGACUUUCCAUCCUGGUGACCUUGUUCCAAGUAACGGGGAACAAUUUGUGAAUUUAUAAAUUGCGCAUCCGUAAUAACAGUCCCUUCGUUCAACUGGAAAUAUGUAACAGUGAAUUACAGUGUGCGAAGUGUGAGAAGCGCCGAAGAAGUGACAACCGACCGAUCGAUAACGCGCUAAGACUUCCGCGAUCGAUAUUUUCAAAGUGCAACGGUGCGUUACACUCGCGAAGUCGUUGUUAUCUGCCUCGAUAACGGUAAUAAUGUCGCCUAGAGUGAUGGAGCAAUUGAUCUCUUUACAUCUGUACGAUUACGAAUGCAUUGAGUUCAAUGUCAAAGUGGCCGAUCGCUUCCGGUAGCGAUCGAGCGCGAAGAAAUGCGACAUUUGGAGAAAAAAUUCAACAAAAAAAUCGCCAACGAUCUAUUGUGAUUCAUUUAAUCAAUGGCGCGCGAUAGCUCGGCCCACACACGACUGCCCACGCACAAUCGUUCGAUGUUCACGAGAAAGAAUCGAUUGUGACGACAUCACUGGCGUUAUCUCCGUGCAUUAAAUCCAUAUCAAAUGCGUCUGACGUGUGCCAGAGUAUUCGUCUGAGUGUUUUUCGCGUGCGCGUCUAUGAUAUAUCGAUCGAGAUAUGCAAAUUUGAUCCGCGAAACGGGGCAGAAGUGACGUUUGUCGUGUUGUGCCGCGAGUGGAACGCCAAUAAUUCGCGAUGCUGCCGAAGAAGGAUAGUCAGACAGAGUCAUACGUUCUGGAAGACAUGAUAUCAGAUCUUCAGGCAAGGAGGCAUUCGCUGGACCACGAGGACGUUGUGCAGGAUCCCAGCGAAUUGCUCAAGCAACGCGAGAGAGACCUCGUUUUGGCUGCUGAACUCGGCAAAGCUUUGCUUGAAAGGAAUCAGGAGCUAACGAAGCAGGCCGAGGCUUUAGCUGAGGAAUAUUCCACAAAAUUAGAAAGUUUGGAACAAGAAAGGCAUCUACUGCGAAGGAAACUCGAGGAAGCUAGAGAUGAUAGCGAAGCAAGAGCCUUGGAGCUUCAGGGCGACGUAGAAACUCUCAGGAGUCAGUUAGAGGAGCAAAAUGAGAGGGCAAGGAGAGCAGAACGCGAUCAAGCCACUCUUGUUGCGGAGUUGACAGCGCAAAAUACAAGACUGGCCGAUCAGCUGAGGGAAGCCGCCAGACAGGAAGAGCAAUUGCUUACCGAGAUGAAAAUCCUGAGGGAAAAAUGCGCUCUCAGGAGCACGACCCUGCAGGAUCACGUCAGUAGCUUGGAGAUUCUCAGGGACGAGGUACAACUGGUCUCGGCACAAAGAACCGAACUAGAAAGGCGGUCCUUGGAACUGCGAGAAGAGAGGGCUAGAGCGAUCGCAGCUCUCGAGGAAGCCGAGGAGAGAGCUGCGGCCUUGGAGCGGCUCGGCCACGAGGCGGAACACCGCGCAAGAAUAGCCGAGCAGGAGAGAGAUGAACUAUCAUCAGCAUUAGCAGCCAUCGAGGUAGAAAGAAGGGCUCGCUCUGGCUCGAUACAGAAGCCACCGCGAUCCCUUCAAGCAGAGAUGGAAUGCGAGGAGAGCAACUCGCUAGAGGAACAGGAAGAUAGAAGUUUGAAGACGGAAGUGGCAAGAGCGACGAAGCGACUGAAAGAGCUAUGUGCUCACUUGAGACGUGGUGAAGAUGACUCGGGUUUACAGAGCGACUGCGACGAAUCUAUGCUGGUGAUCAAUCUCAACAACUCCGAAUCAGAAGUGAACACCAAUGAACGGGAAGCUCAUCCUUCGCCGACAAAUUACCCGGGCGCGUUGCUGGAGUUGGUCGAAGAAGUUUAUAAUCUCGCGUUGUCGGGCAGAGGAGCACCUGGUGAACUAGGACUGGCGGUGGAGUUGCACAGGGUACGGGAGGAACUGGAGCUUUCACGAGAACAAUGUAGAAUACAAGAGGAUGAGCUAAAGCGACGCGGUGACACGAUUCUGGAACUGACGAGCAAACUGAGCGUCUGCGAGGCAGAGCUGCGCGGCGUCAAGGAAGAACGCGACCGGGCCAGGUGCGAUAUCGAGCACUCCGAAUUGACAAAGGACGAGAUCGUGGCGAAGGCUUACAAGGUGCGGGAUCAGGCGGUAGCCAGGCAGAACAGGGUGGAAGUGGAACUGGCCAGAACACGAAUAGAUAUUCUCCAGGCGGACAGCCAGCUGAAGGAGGCGAUCAAGCAGAAAGUCGAACUGAGUCAGCAACUGGAACAGUGGCAAAUGGAUGUGCAAAUGCUCCUCGACGAGCAUGUGCGAAGCAAACUGACCCCGGCCUCGCAAAUCGUCGCCACGAGAAAUGGCGAAAAUUCGGAUAUGUCGGCACCGGCCAGGAAGAAGAGGAGCACUGGCUCGACGAAGAAGAUGUUUGGUCUGUUUUGACGAAAGUGACGUAGCGCGAUGGCUUCGUUGCAUUGAACUGGAGCGAUCGCGACUGAUGUAGACUGUACUUUUGGUUCCUGCGUAGCUAUCUUAUUAUAGAAAAAGACAUAAAAUGAGAAAGAUAAAAGGAGAGAGAGAAGAUUGUGUGGAUUCAGGUGUACUUACUCUUUUAAGGACGAUUGGAUGUGGACACUUGGCUCAAUUAAGAUGUGAAGAGGGACAAUAUUUCCGAUCAUCUUCUGCCAUUCUUUUAAAAUCAUUCUAAAUGACUUUAUGCUCAUGCCUCUCGCAUCAAAUACGUUGCGAUAGACAGGUAGAUAUCGAAUUUGGAUCCAUCUUAAACUGACGAUAUUGUAAUUAGAAAGACUAAGAUUAGCAGCUCUCGAAUUAAAUGUAACUGGAUUUAGGGUAAAGGGAAAAUUUUGGAAUUUGCUCCGAUAUGAAAUGUUGCAAUCUGUAGAUAUAUAACGUAUGCGACAAAUAUUCACAUUAUUCACGACGAGACACUUGGGGAGUCUAUUAUAUCGGUGCUGAUGCCCGCAUGUCGACACCGAUUACAAAGUGGAAUUUAAGUGAGGUGCAUUUAUCGUUGCUCGCAAGAAGAGACAUAACAUUCCACUUUCCCUGAUCGAUUUUUCAACUAGGGAAAGUCACGAAUCGCGAUUCUUCUCGAAUAAUUUUCGCGUUAAAUUGUCGCGAAUGAAUUUUUCAUCCUCGUGUCUUGAGAUUAGUCGCAGUUUUUACGUAUCAUUUUUUAUCAAGCGGCUUGAUUGAUGUAAUUUAUCAGAGACUGUUCAUUUAAGUUUGUACACUAUUGAUACAAUGUUUGCGUCUAUUGAUGCAAAAAGAUGGCAUAAAAUUGCAUUGUGCUACUAAUAGAAUCAACAAGAAUAAUUCUCUUCUC